ACUUGUUGACACAAUGAUUGAUUUAGUGCAGUAUGUGGGGCCAAAUACUAAUAGUUUUCACAUAUGCAGUGCACUACGACAUAAAAACCAGAAGGCUUCAGUUGAGAAGACAGUUUGGAAAACACAAUCCCAGUUCGCUUGCAUGAAUGACCAAAUGUAAUCCAUCCUGCGUUCACACAACUGUUCAUUUUCUAUGUAAGUGAACAACACGGAGCUAUGAUUUCAGUGUCUGCCGCACAGAGACCGAGCAACAAGUGACAAUUAGAUUGAAAUUUUUCUAGCUUCUAUGCAAAGUAGGUAUGAUGCAGUAAAGUGAUCAAUUCAGUCAGCGCAUGUUAUAUAGUAUGUUUUAUCCCCAGAAACAUUAGUUGCUACCUGUGAAAUACCUCGUAUCUGAACUUUGUGCACACACACACAUAAGCAACACAAGAGACUUUCUAGUUUGAGUGCACUGUGAGAUACUGUGAUGCAUUCUGCAUAUUUUUUUUGGAUCAAGUAAAAGUUAGUGAAUAAAUUGUUUGGCUGAGUUGCCAGUUUUGUCAAACUAAUAGUGAAGAAAUGAGCUAGUUUUAUUCUACUGUUUGAACUGACUCUUAAUUGAUCUAGGUGCUUUUUCAUGACUCAGAGUAAAGAACCCAUAUUUUCCCAGAGUUCUGGUAGGUUUUAUGUUUCCUCUGCUGAUAAAACGGCUUAGACAAGCAUGUAUCCCAUUGUGCUCGUUAUUGCUGAUCUGGUGCUGGUUUAGCUGGUCACCCAGAACGAUCACACUCAUUUGCAAACAAACAUUCUGGUCCUGGAUGCUUUGCUAAGCUGUUUUUUUAUUUCACCAGUUCUUAAACUAUGGGAAUGAGAAGACAGGAAUGCCAUACAGGUUCUUCUUAAUGUUCUUGAUCAACUAAAGAUUGUGGCUAAAGAACUGUACAUAAAUUGCAAUAGAAUUGCCUGACUUUUUUUUAGAAAACCAAUAACACUGAACGUCUGGUUGGAUUACAACAUUUGGAGUUGGCAUUAAAACCAGUGUCAGUUGUGAGAACAUCCCCCAACUCAGAAAAGACCAGAAGCCAAAGGACUUCCUGCUUCUGUUUUGCAGAGGUCACAUUUCCAUGCUGUGGUAUGGAAUGUUAAAGAUUAGACUAUAUUACCCAUAUGCUUAAUGGUUAGCAUGUAGCCUCACACCUGUUUGUAUUUUCUCCCUGUGCUUAGGGGGUUUCCUCGGAGUACUCCGGUUUCCUCCCUCAGUCCAAAGACAUGUGCUGUAGGCUGAUUGGCAUUUCUAAAUCUGUGUCUAUUUCAACAAUUAUUAAAGUAUGAGAAUGAGAAGACAGGAAUGCCAUACAGGUUAUUAAUGUUCUCGAUCAACUAAAGAUUGUAAUAGAAUUACUCGACUUUUCUUUGAGAAAACCAGUAACACUAAGCUUCUUGGGUAAAGAAAAUGCUCCAGACAUGGUCGUUUUAAUAUCUCCAAUUCUCAAAGCUAACCUGUAAUUAGCUCCGACUUGAAGCAGGGCGGAAUGUCAGUAAAAAUGUGAAUAUUUGGUUGCGAGCCAGCUGUUAUUAAAACCUAAGCCAAUGCUGAUUGAUCAGAAGCGAGAUGUUACCGGCAUGAUGUCAUCUUUGGCUGGCUGAACAGUGCUGAAUUUCCUGCCUGCAGUGUGCCUGAGGUCUCACUGCCCCUAAGGACUGUCUCUUUCACAAAUCCACCCACCAGCCAUCACUUGGACCAACAUUCUUCCAUUAUUAAUUUCUGCCUCUAAACCCUGACUUCCAGCCCACUCCACGAUCUCUUACUGUGUAGUCAACAGUAGACUCUUUUUAUUCAGUUUCAUUUAUUAGUAAUGCAUGCCUUGUAUUUAGAUUACAACCUAAAAGGCACCUGAUUUAUAACGAAAGAAAGGAAAGUGAGGUUUGCUGUGGUUAAUAUAAGCUGUGCUUUAGUCAGUGCUGUGCGUCUGUCAACAUGGAGCUUUGAUGGAGGUUAGGAUGAACGUGAAGGCUUUUGAAAGAGUCAUUGUUCUCCCUGAAUAUCUGCUGUGUCUGUUUGUGCUUGAGUGAAGGGGGGGGGGGGGGUGGGGGAGUCUCUGUUUAUGUUGGAGAAAAAGAAAGAGAGAUCAGAUGGAAGAGAGGUGGGAUGGAAGAGGCUUAUCCUUUGAAGGUGGGUUUACAUUGCUUUUUGUUCCUCAUGACCCCUGAACAUCAUGCACCUGACAGGCCAUGUUUUCUAUAGCACACUUCCUGUCUGUUAGAAAAGCUCCUUUUUUUUUUUAUUUUUUAUUUUUAAUCACAUAGACACGUAGACACAUGGUCUACUAUCAACAAGACUCUCCCACUCAUCUCACAAAUAAAGUGAGUCUCUUUAUCUAGAAACUAGAAGAAUCUGGUCAAGAGAUGAAAACAAUGCUGUCCUCCCUCGGACUCGGCCAAUCCAGACCAGCACAUUUUUACCAUGUGCUUUACUGGAACUCUUUAGUUUUUUCCCCCUCCAGAUUUCUGUACAAAUAGAGGCCCAAGAGAACAGAUUUGUCAUGUUUGUUUUUGAUCUUUCACUGAUUGAUUGAGAGAAAAUGGGAUUCCUAAAAGAAAAAAAAAAGAUGGAUUGUUUUUCUUUGCAUCCUGCCACAUGUUUACAUAAAGAGUGUGUGUCUGUGUGUGUCUGUGUGUGUCUGUGUGUGUCUGUGUGUGUCUGUGUGUGUCUGUGUGUGUCUGUGUGUGUCUGUGUGUGUCUGUGUGUGUCUGUGUCAGGAUGACCGGUUCAGAGCUGUGAAUGUUUUGUGCUUGUUGUGUCGUCUUGCUCUUCUUUUCAUCUUCUCUUGCCCUUGGUGUGACCUUGGCCGCUGCACCGCUCAGAAGAAUGAAAGCUGUCUGAGCGUGACUGGCCACUGACACGUUCCAGCUGUCCUCAUGCUCAGCUCCGGUGAAUUUAACCGAAUCUGCUUCCAUUUUUAACACCGCCUUAUUACAUUUAAUGUCUCCGUCAGAACACCAGCCUGUUAUUAGUACUAAAUAUUUCAAGAAUACCCCCUUCUGAAAUAUUGACCUUCACAUUUAGAGCAAAUUUGUUUGUUUGUUUUUGGAAAUUUCCGGCAAGACAUCUGCUUAGCAUGCCACAAGAAAAUGCCACAUACCAUUCCCAAAGUCGAAUUCCGUGGUCUGCUGUUGUGCUUUAAAAAGACCGUCUGCUCCUCAAUGCCAAGAGAGGAAAUGUUGAACUUUCAUUGUUAAGGCUUAGCCAGGGUUUAUAUUAUCACGGUGAUUUUUGUUUUUGGAAGCAAAAUGAAAAGUGCACGCUGUUCUGAAAGAACACACGGUAUAAUUUAGCAUUACGCAGCACUGCUAUCGUUGUGACCAUAAUGACAGAGUGAAGCUAAAAUUAUCUGCUCCGAGCGUAAACAGCAAUCACGUGUCGCUACCUUGUUUUCUUCUUUUCCUCACACUGCUGUAAAAGUGAAGUCGAUAAAAGUAAGAAUGCUCUGAAGCCCGAUCUGCUUUCAUGCUUAUGAGUUUUGGAUUUUGUGCUUGGAUUUAUUUAUUUAUUUAUUUAUUUAUUUAGCUAGCUAGAACAUGUUGCUUAGAUUGUAUGAAAUUUCACCAGAACACUUGCCUUACAUGCUUGGUUAACUGUAAUGCCAUUACUAAACAAGCACCAUUUUACAACCUAGUUUUGCUCACAGUGUAUUUAGGCUGUUGGCCCACGUAGCAGUGGAGGUCUGGGGCGGAUUCUUUAAUGCACACCUGUGCACUCAGUCAAAAAAAUCCUGCCUGUUUGACGCCCAGAGACAUUUUCUCUACAGAGUGAAAUUUGCGGUCAGGUUUAAACAUGUAGGAUUUAUCAAAGCUCCUCUUAUGACACCUGCGUCAACCGCCAUGGCACCGAUGUCAUUCAUUUCUUUUAUAGACAUGGAUGUUCUUGUUCUGUAAACAUUGUCUGUUGCAGAGAUGUCAGGAAAGCAUUACAGGGUUCCUGUUCACUCUGCCAUUAUGUGCUUUGUGCUCAAAGUAGGUGAGAUAAGCUCUGUGAGAUACGGUGUCUCGUUAUGGAAAUGGUAUUGCUUUAAGCCUCAUUACACUGCUCUCGCUGGUUCAGGUUUACAGAUCACUUGCAGCAGAGUGGUCUUUGUUGAAUUGGCCUUUUGUGCUAGGCUGUACUAAGGACCUUUUAUUAAAAGCAUAUGACUAUAUUACUGCCUAAUAUAUUUCCCCUAUGUAUGGAAACUUUUGGGACACCCUUUUUCAGAGAAAGUUGCAAAAACAUUACUUGUGACUUGGGCUCGGACUUGUGAACGGCUGACUCGAGACUUGGGCUCGGACUCGUGAACGGCUGACUCGAGACUUGGGCUCGGACUCGUGAACGGCUGACUCGAGACUUGGGCUCGGACUCGUGAACGGCUGACUCGAGACUUGGGCUCGGACUCGUGAACGGCUGACUCGAGACUUGGGCUCGGACUCGUGAACGGCUGACUCGAGACUUGGGCUCGGACUCGUGAACGGCUGACUCGAGACUUGGGCUCGGACUCGUGAACGGCUGACUCGAGAACGGCUGACUCGAGACUUGGGCUCGGACUCGUGAACGGCUGACUCGUCAGAAACAAGUCAUUUUGGUUUGGCAUUCCUGAUUACAUUUCCUCUUUACUACCCCACAUGAUGGUAUCAAACAAAUUUUUUCUAUUCAUUCAUUCUUCAUUCAGUAUGUACUGCAGCAGUAAAUAUCAUAACAGUUCAUCUAUAAACGUCAAGCCAGCAUUAUUGUAAUGAUAAUGAGUCUUUGUUUAUCACAUAUACAUAUGCACCGUGAAAUUCUUUUCUUCGCAUACCCCAGCAUGUCAGGAAGCUGGGGUCAGAGCACAGGGCCUGAUAAGGGGCAGGGAGGGUUAAGGGCCCAACAUUGGCAGCUUGGCAGUGCUGAGGCUUGAACGCCCGACCUUCCGAUCAGUAACCCAGAGCCUUAACCGCCAAGCCACCACUGGCCCCAUAUACACACAUCACGCAUCUGAAGGGAAGCUGCGGUGAUACUCCGCUGUCAGGGGCUUGCUCACUGUCCAUUUUCAGGAAGUACAAAUGUUUCCAUGUCCUUUUCAUCUGAGGAAUCAGGAGAGGAGUGGGCACAGGUUCACCCAAACUGCAAAGAUUGGUUCAUUCGUUUCCCAAUAAAGGUUUGCCCUUUAGUGGCGUGGUCAGUUUGCAGCUUGCAGAAAGAUCUGGUAUCUUUAACAUCACACAGAUUAGAGCUGUAGUCUUCUCCCAGCAUGGAGUUCAGGGGGUCUCACGGUGUGUCAGUAGGGGAGAAGAGAUGAAACGCAUGACUCCCAGGAAUGUCCAGAGGCAACCGUGAAAUUUAACCAGGGAUAAACUAGGAGUCUGACUGCUGGUUUGAUUAUACAGCAACAAGGGCUGGUCUUAAUCCCAGAAUAUUGUUGAAUUUUUAAAGGACCUUUUAUAAAUGCACUUAGCUAUUUUUAGCAGUUACACAGAGCGUACUUGUUUACAGACCUUGUUGGUUUAUGAAUAAAUUAUUUCUGCAUUGCAAAUCUCACUCCUUUUAAUGUGAAGUCCGUUGCAUUUCCAACCUGAAUAUUGGAUUAUUUUGCCUGGUGGGAAGAGUCCAAAGUAAUGUCUAAUGCCUUUUUCAUUACCGUAUUUAUUUAUUUAUUUUUAUUUCAUUAGUUGUUAAUUUAGUAGUUACAAUUCUAAAUAAAGACGAUGUUCAAAAGCUGUGACUUUGCCGUUUUCUGCAGGCUAUAUUUUCUCUUCUUCUGUAAGCAGUGGAUAUGAAAGUGUUUUAGUUUCUCUUUUUAUCAGUGCUGCCACUUGUUCAGCUAGACUUCAUAUGUAGAGGCAGAACUGCAAGAGAAGACAUCAGUGAUGGACGUGAGAGAGUGUGACUGAAGUGCUAAUUGAAAACAGGUCUAGCCUCCUUCUAAUGACCCGUUCCCAACGAUCACUUCUGUCUCAGUAGACUGUGUGUGUUAUAGAGUAUUUUCUAACUAUAACCUCUUGUCUCUGUAAGUUAUUGACUUGGAUUGGAGAGGAUUUUCUACAACUCUGUGUGUAUGUGCGUGCACGCACUUGUUACUGUCUAUUUGUGUGCCAGAUGUUUGCAUCUGUGCAGCUGUCCUGUGAUUUGUGUGUAAGAGAUGCAUAUGUUUAAAUAUAUAUAAUCUUGUUUCAGUACAACGUAGAGGGUCGGGUUUCCAUCUGUUUCGUUUUACACUUCUUUCUCAGUCAUUAGGCCAAACCUGAAUUAAAGGCAGGAAUUAACAUAUGUGUGGGGAAACUAUUACCACAGAUACCAACUAGUGAGAGAGAAACUAAGGAGGCAGAGAGAGGGAGGUUGCAUCUGUUAUCACAUUUGGACCUGUAGCAAAAUAUUUAGAUUUGCAGAGGUUUUACUUACCAAGGUGCCAAGAAAUCAGCGAAGCUAUGUUAUGAAACUGUAAUUUAAGGGGUAUUUACAUGGAUUAGAUAUAGAAUUAUAAAAGGACUGACACCUGAUUAUACAAAGUGUAUUAUAAUGUUAAUAUAUCACUAUCAAUAUCAUAUUGUUAUUUCCCUCAGCCUGAAAAGAGACAGACACCAAGAGAAGAAGAGAAUAAAAAGGGAAAGAGAGAGAAUUAGAGAGAGAGGGGGAGAGUUUGCAUAGUCAGUUAAGCAUAUGAAACAGAAACAUCCGGAGAGAAGCCUCCACAAAAAAACACCCAGUCAGCUGUGUCUCCUGACCAUACUUAUUCUCCCUCUCUCUGUCUCUUCUUCUCUCUCUCUCUCUCUCUCGCUCUCUCUCCAGCUACAGGAAUAUUUAAAUAGUUUUUUCCAAUGACUAUAUUCAUAUGCAUUUUGUGUUUUUGUUUGGUUUUUUUUUUUUUUUGCAUAUGUGUGAAAGAGCAAUAGAGAGGGAGAAAGUAUGUGAAGGACACAGAAACUAGGCAAGUGGAAAUAAGACACUCCUCCUAUACCUGGAGAGAGGGAGGGACCUGCAGUGUCAGCGGAGCUUAUUGAGGCGCGGAGAGGGAGAGGAAAAGAUCAACAGCUUCAGAUGUGAGUGGGAAGUGCACUCUGAAAGAGACGUUGUGAGGACACACUGGGGGGGGCUGCAUUCUUCACAAGCCUUCCGAACAACUAAACCGCUAGCGGCUCUCCUGCAAAUCAAUCUGAUCGUAACUAGAACACACCUUCGCUGGACUUUAAUCUGCUUCACUCCAUCCUGCCUCCAGCUCUCCGUGCAGACAUCCGUGGACGUUUUGCAAAAAAAAACAAUCCGUUUUAUUUUACAAGUGUUGGGAAGCAGGACCGGGUGAAACUCACUCCACACUGAGCCUCUCUGUUUUCACACACCUGGCUAUGAGAUGAGGAACCUCUGAUUAGAAAUUCUGACAAAGCACAGUUUAUGUGAAGAGCAAAGCCUGAUCGUAAUCAUCACGUUCCUUGCCCAACGUUUACCUUAUCAAGAACCUGUGCUGGGUCAUGCAGUGCUGAUUUCUGAUCUGAGCUGAGGUUCGGUGCCACGCCGAUGGAGCUGAAGGUGUGGGUGGACGGUGUGGUGCGGGUGGUGUGUGGCCUCUCAGAGGAGACAUCCUGUCAGGAUGUGGUCAUCGCUCUCGCUCAAGCCAUAGGCCAGACGGGCCGUUAUGUCCUCAUCCAGAGACUGAGAGAUACCGAGCGGCAGCUUCUGGCUACUGAGCGUCCUCUGGAGUCCCUGGCUAAGCUUGGGCAGCACAGUAACGAGGUACAGUUCUACCUUCGGCGCACAGGCCCCAGCAACAGCAGCGAUGGCCAGGAGCACACACCCUCUCUUCAUAAACCCUCCGAGACAGAACCCCCAAAACGCAACGCACCCAGAAAAUCCCUGACCUUCAGCCUCGGCCCUUCUUCUUCCCCACGCACCCGACCCAAACAGAACCGUAGGACUCCGAGUACCAAACUCCUGCCCGAGUCCAGAGCAUCUCCGUUGCUUCACACCUCCCAUCUGCCCAGUCUGUCUAGAGAGGAAGUGUUCCGGCAAGUUCUCCAGCAGCAGGAGCGACUGCAGGCACUGGAGGCCCAGCUGGAGCUCUUGGAGCGGGAGACGCAGGCGUGGGAUCAGCAGGAGGAGUUGGCUGCCGCAGAGCAGACACUGCUGGAAGAUGAGGAGCAGUGGGAGGAGGAGCUCAGGACUGAGAUGCAGCGCGAGCGUGCCAUGAGGAGGCAGCUGGCUGAGCUACACGCCAAGCUGGAGGAGUGUGGCACCAGCCUACACGAUCUCACUACAAAAUCCACACAUCUUGAGCAGGACAUUCAGAGGGAAAGACUUGAGGCUGAAGCCCCGCCCACACGGGCACAGCCAGAAGACUCUGUGGGCGCGAUACAAACGGAGCUCCAGAGUCAGCAGAAACAAGGGGAGGAGUUGGAGUGUGAGCUGGUACAGACAGAGAAAGCUCUGGGAAAAGCAGAAACGCUGCUGCAGGCUAAACAGGAGCAGCUGGAUGAGCUGAAUAAGGAGCUGAGACAGUGUAACCUGCAGCAGUUCAUCCAGCAGACCGGAGUGCUCCCAGCCUAUAACUCCUCUCGUACAGACCUCCACCAGCAGCUAGACCAACAGGAGCUGGCUCAGCUAUUGCAGGACACAUCCAUCGACAGUGAUUCUCUACAGCGACCCACAGCUAAGCAGUUUCUGGGGCAUCCGCGCAACCUGCGGCACCCCCUGGUGUCCAGCCUGAACCCUGAGGUUAAACAGUGGAGAAUCAACAAUGAACUGUAGGUGACUUCCAGUUCAAACUGUGUGUGAGGGAUCUACUGUGUGACACAAUGCCACUUGACAGCAAUCGUCUCUGUAACCGUUGUUUUAUCAACAGAACAAGACACUGUGCCUGAUGAUGGUAAUAAUGAUAGUAAUAUUGAACUGCUAUUAUUGUAUGUAAUGUUUUACAGUUAAUGCAGUAUUAGUCUAGAGAUAAAGGAGUAUGAAUGAGUCUGUUGAAUUAUUUAGUGAUCCCUAAGUAGUAGAAUGGUCAAUUAUCUAAAAAUAAAUAAAUAAAAAAUUUACAAAGCGACGCCACUAAUAUUCAACGUGCCUACUCCUAAUUGUAGAGAUGUGAAUUAAUUAGCAACAUUUGCUCAUUUUUGAGCAAAUCAAACAACAAUUAUGCUCAAACACUGAAAUAACAGACUCUCAGUUCUCUGAAAGUGAAAAGGCAUCAGAGGAAGUGAUCAGAGUGAACUCAUUACUCUGUCACUCCCAUCUUAACACUGCCAAGCCAAGCCUGCUGAUUUACUGAUCCAAAGAACUCAAAUUCUGGAUUUUGCUCAUCUUGUCAAUAUAAGCUAGAAAUAAUAAUCGUGCUAUAUGAAGAGAACAUUCAGCUUAUAUAAUAAUAAUAAAAAAAGAGAUCUACACAGGAAAUGCAUCCAAUUUUUCUUUCCUUCUUCCUUUUUUAAACUUGGCUUCCCUUUGGGUGUGUGGGUGCCUUUCUCUUCUGGUUGAUGCUUUUCCAGGUUUUUCCAAUGGCAUGGGCUAAACCGGAAUGGCUCACAGUGCAUGGUUUUAUUUUUCCUGAAUUAAAAACUCAAACACUGAGCACAUCACUCCAUAUCAUAUUCUUGUGUGUGUCUUACAGUCCUGACAUCCAGGGAGUCAUCUUGGAGGUAAAACCUGAAGGGCCAAGGAUCUCUCUUAUUACACCUAUGUACUUAACCAGCUACUGCUCUAAUGGUCCUACUCAUCUCAUCAAUGUAAUAUUAUAUAUCUGCUGUAUAUACAAAUAUAUGUUUACAUUUAGUUACAUUCCAAAACAUGUAUUUACUGUAAAUUAUUAACAGAAAGAUUUAUCUAGAGAACUAUUACUUUUGUUUAUGUAUUUAAGUCUAAUAAAGACAGUGCUUUGUGUUUAUAUACCUACAGUCUGUGUGUCAGAGUUUUAAAGCCAGGGUUAUUUACAUGGGGGGGGUUAUUUAAACCUCAAUUCAGCUAACGAUACACCCGUUUUAUUUUCAUCACAUUAAAAUCAGACACGGCUCAAAUGGUGGCGUGACUUCAACAAGUGUGAUAAACUGUAUCGCAGAUAUAAAAAGAUUUCCUCUAAUGCUAAAGGAAGCACACAUCCUGUUCAGCUGGGAAAGCGUACUUUUAGUAUGAGCUCAUACCUCAUAUAUGAUGUGUGCGUUCUAUACCAAGACACGCCAAGGGUCUCUUGAUGAUAAUACAAUAAGCAGCACGAUAUAGAGACACACUCUACCUUAAAAAUAUCCAAAGAAUGGUUAAUGAUUCAUUCUGAAACCUUUCUUACUGAAUAAUGUACUUCUGUUCAACAAUCUCAAAACAGCAGCUAUGUAAUCACCAUUAUAUUGUCUGGACUGAUGCACAUAUUCGGCUUGAUCCAUUCUUAAUUGGCCGUUUGGCUCUUAUGAUCAUUUAUGGGAAAUCAGAUUAGCGUGAUCACAUCAGGGAACUGUCUGAUGGCUAAAGGAAGCCAAACCUCAAAUCCUUGCAUCUCUGAGAAUUAUAGCAUCCGUCAGUCCCGCCUGCCAACAAGCACCAUUCACACGGUCUACGCAGGAUACAACAAAUCCAAAACAGAGGAGCAGGAUACAGGACUCCUCAUGGAAAGGUGGAGGAAUACUUUUGUGUCACAUAUUUAUGAGGUAAUGCUACACAGGAAGGUCAAUAGUUCAGUGCGUUUUCUCUCAUCACAAAUUCCAUUUUGUCCACUACUCAUAGUAUGAACACUCAUGCUAGUCAUACACAUCUAUGCAAGACCUCACUUCUACAUGGAUAUCAUGUGAGAACUAAAUGCAACAUGUUACACUAAUAAUCAAUAGACCUAGAAAGGUGAACUUGUAUACACAAACACUGUCAGGUUCCACGUUUAAAAGGUCAAAGAAUACAUUAAAAGGCAUAAAUCUAUAUACAGUUGCAUGAAUCAAUAAGAGACUAGUUAUAAUGGUUAGAUCUUUCCUGUAACAGAAAUAUCUUGUAAAGGGAUAUGGGAGGAAUAGAGACGCAUUGACACUUUGAUAUCAAAAGC